UCAGUUACUGAGUUAGCAGACGUUUCAUUGUUCUAUUUUAAAUGAACAAACAGGAUUUCCAAAAGUAAUUUUUCCGAUCAGAACUUUCAACCCGGCACAGGUUGUGGUUACUCAGCUUUGAAGUCCAAUAGAAGAACGAGUCAAGUGCGGGUGUGUCUAAUCGCAGGAAUUCAAAUUAUGUCCAAGAGGUCGAUGGUUAAUGAUCUGUACAAGUCCAGAAAAAGAAUCUGCACUGCCUCACGUUCCUCUGCCACAGACACACCUGAGUUUAAUGAUGGAGUGAAUGGAACUUCAUUUUCCACUGCUGAGAUACCCUCUGACACCAAAGUGUCUCUCCUCCAUCUCAAAGAGUUAUUUCCCUUAGAUAAGUUUGAAGGAAGAUUACCGGCAGUGAUAGUGAAACAUCAGCUGUACAGCUUACUGAAGGAUAGGACAGCCGUCGAUAAACAAUUAGAUGAUUUAAAACAAGCCAAUGAGAUUAAGCUGUUCAAGCUUGGUGCUGAGUUAGAUGACUAUUGUAUUGUGUUCACUGAGGCAUAUCGAGAUCAUGUGAUCAGUGUGAUGAAAGAACUCUCCAUCAGCAAAAAUAUUUGUAAUAAAUAUGUGAAUACUGUCAUCAAGAAAUAUACAGAUGUCUGCAUCAACAAAGACACUUUGAUGAAUGAAUUCAGCUUCACUGACUCAGAAAUUACGCAGCUGGUUAAGGCCUCUGUCCUGACAGUUAGGGAUGUAGGGAACUGGUGGAUCGCUCUACCAAACGCUGGGGUCUUCAUGAAGUGUUUCUUGAGAGGAAGAAAGGCCAUUCUGACAAUGAUAAGGAAAUGUAAAUACCGGGAGAUCCUUCAAACGGAAUUGGAACAAAGGAAAUGGCCUAAGAUUUGUAAGCUUGGACUCCAGUAUCACAUGCAUGAAGUAAUUGGUGCUGAUCUCAUCAAGUGCAUUCAAACAACCUCAGGACAAUUACUCCGUCUCAAGGACUCCUAGUCCUACAGGAAUCUCAUCUAAUGGUUGCUCCUGUGGAACUUCCUAGUCCUACAGGAAUCUAAUGGUCUCUUCUGUAGGAUUUCCUAGUACUACAAGAAUUUCAUCACAUGGUUGCUCCUGAAGGCUUUUCAGUGCCAUCUCUUGUACAACAAUGCUGUGAUAGACACAGGAAUCAAUGGCAGAUUUAUUAUAAGUAGCUGAAUCUAUGUGAAAAAAGCAACGAUCACAUUAUUUAUUGAUAUUAUAGAUUUUUGAGGUCAUUAUUAUUUAUUUUACCCAUUGUCUUUCUAUACAUGUUAAUUGAUUUUUGUUAAUGAGCUAAAAUGUUUAUGAAUAUUUCCUAUUUAUAUACAACCUGUACUCAAUGAAUCUGACCCAGACUGAAGAGGGCUUUAUUUAUGAUCUAGCUAUGGCUCUAUUUUGGUUGUACAGUGAAUGUGUGAUUAUGAUAAGGGGUAUUUAAUUUUUCUUCAAACAAUUUUUUUUCAGUAGAACAGAUGCCUCAUGCUUGGCAAUGUUUCUUAGGUAAUGUCAGUCUGAUGAUCUCUCUGUCAUGUCUGUAUGAAUAUUUACAAGAUGUACUCCUUUUACAUUGCUUAGUCUAAUUUCAAGAAAAUUUAUUAAAAACUAGUUUGCAAGAAACAGAUUAAAUUUAUGCAAUUAUUUCUUUUUAUUAAAUGAUGUUAAAAUUGUUUUUCAUAAAUACAAAAUACAGUAAGGCUUGUUUAGUAUGAAUGUAGAUAAAACAAUGGAUAUUAA